AUGGGUAAAACGUCGAAAGAUAAAAGAGAUAUUUACUAUCGAUUAGCCAAAGGAGAGGGCUAUCGAGCUCGCAGUGCUUUCAAAUUGUUUGCAUAUCGACGAAGAGAUUCAAUCUCUUCCAUGGUAAACACGACCCUAACUUUAUGUGCAGCUCCUGGUAGCUGGAGUCAAGUACUGAGUGAGAAACUAUAUGAUAGCUCUGUUACAGAUGAGACUGUGAAGAUUGUAGCAGUAGAUUUACAACAGAUGGCUCCAUUACCAGGUAUCAUACAGAUCCAAGGAGAUAUUACGAAGGAAUCCACAGCUAAGGAAAUAAUUCACCAUUUUGAAGGAUCUAAAGCUGACUUAGUGGUUUGUGACGGUGCUCCUGAUGUUACUGGUCUACAUGAUUUAGAUGAAUAUAUACAAGCACAAUUGUUACUUGCAGCAUUGAACAUAACAACACAUGUACUAACAAUGGGUGGAACAUUGUUGCCAAGGUGA